ACUGUGCAAAAUCGUGGCUCGUCGGCGUGUCGUCGGCUGGUGGGGCGGGCAAUGUUCAUAGGUCGACAGCGACAGGGAGCUUUUGCAGACAGUAUCGUUUCGUCGCAGCUGCCGGUGAACACGCCAGUCUGAACCUCUCCGAAAAUGGCGAUGCAGGUGGCAUUCGGCGUUGCCCGGGCUUCUCCAAACCCGUUGUUAACGAUUAAAAAUGUUUCAGUUCGUUGUCUUGCUGCACAAGCUUCCACGAAAGCUGUUCAGGACAAGACUGGGAAGAAUAUAGUGUUUGUUGAUGGAGUUCGUACACCUUUCCUUCCCUCUGGAACAGACUACCAGAAGUUGAUGCCCCAUGAACUUGCACGUCAUGCUUUAAUGAACUUGUCUCGCCGGACGGGUAUUCCUCGAGAUGCUGUGCAAUACAUUGUCUACGGUACUGUAAUUCAGGAAGUCAAGACAAGUAAUAUUGCCCGAGACUCUGCUCUAUGUGCCGGCUUCAGUGAGAAAAUCCCUGCUCACACUGUCACUCAGGCAUGCUUGGGGUCCGUUCAAGCUAUGACCUCAGCAAUUGGUCUGAUUGCAAGUGGAGCAUACGACGUUGUUGCGGCAGGAGGAGUUGAAACUAUGUCUGAUGUACCAAUUCGAUUGAACCGAAACCUGAGAAGCAUGCUCUUGAAAAUGAACAAAGCCAAAACGCCUCUGCAGAAACUUCAGCUGCUGUCAAAGUUCCGUCUGAGUCACCUAGCCCCUGAGUUGCCUGCUGUUGCUGAGUUUACUUCAGGUGAGACCAUGGGAAAGUCUGCUGAUCGUCUUUCAGCAGCAUUCCAAGUCUCUCGACAAGAACAGGAUGACUAUGCUAGAAGGUCUCACCAGCUGGCCCAUGAAGCUCAUGAGAAGGGAUACCUGACCGAUAUUGUGCCAUUCCCAAUUCCUGGCACUUCCAAGGUGGUUAGCCGCGACGGUGGCGUCCGCGUUUCGACUCCUGAGCAACUGGCCAAGCUGAAGCCUGCUUUCAUCAAGCCUCAUGGAACUGUCACUGCUGCCAAUGCAUCAUUUUGGUACUUGACUGAUGGUGCUUCUGCUUCAAUCCUCAUGCCAGAGAAGAAAGCCAAGGAGAUGGGGGUGAAGCCUAAGGCCUACCUCAGAGAUUACAUCUAUGUUUCUCAAGACCCGGUUCAUCAAUUGCUCCUAGGACCUGCGUAUGCAAUUCCUGAGGUUUUGGCCCGAGCUGGUCUGACUGUGAAAGACAUUGAUGUGUGGGAAAUCCAUGAAGCUUUUGCUGGCCAGAUCGUAGCUAAUUUGAAGGCAAUGGAUUCUGACUGGUUUGCCAAGACUCACAUGAACCGUUCUGAGAAAGUAGGUGUUCCUGAUUUGGCAAAAUGGAAUAAUUGGGGAGGAUCAUUGAGUAUUGGACAUCCAUUUGCUGCAACUGGUGUCCGAUUGGUCUCCCAUGCUGCAAACAGACUUGUCAAGGAAGGAGGCAGAUACGCGUUGGUAGCUGCCUGUGCUGCUGGCGGCCAGGGAGUUGGAUUAAUUGUUGAAAGGCAUCCAGACGCUUAAAAAUAUGGAAAUUCAAUGAAAAUUUAAUUUUGAAGUAUUUAUGCCCAUCUUUUAACUGGACAAUUUCAUAGCAAAUUUUUACUAUUAUUUUGUUAUUGAUGGAAUUGAACUGUUGUUGCUGUGUGUUCUGAACUGUUUUCUCUCCCCUUUUUUUGUGAACUUGCAAUUCUUAGCCUUUUCUACUUCUUUUUUUUUAAAAAAUGGUAUUUUGAGUCAUCACAUGUAUUUUUGUAUUAUUGUUUUAUUCUAGGAUUAAGACAUUUUGUGUAAUGUUCACAUCAUAGGCCUAUUUUUUUUUUAUUAAGACAGUUAGUGUGUAAUACAAUUCACAACGGUUUUGUAAAAUCAAAUUCUCCUUGUUAAAUUGUUCUUAAUAAAAUCAGUGUACAUUUAUAA